AUGAAGUAUCAUAGCUUAACCAUUAGACCAAACAAUAUUUAUGUGCAAGAAAGCAUGGAAAAUGACACAAUUAUAAAGUCAGUCUCUCUCACACCGUGUGUAGCCAAGGAUAGUAUUAGAUCCAGUCUUAUUGCUGCAAUCGAUGGAGAAGAGGCAACUAUUUGUAAUCUGCUGACGAAUAAGAUGGAGAGUAAGACAUUGAACUUGCCACUAACAAAAGGUGUCCGUGUAGAGUUAAGAACUGAAGGAGAGAAUGAGGUAGAUGUUCUUUUCUUAGAAAUGGAUGAGGCUGAAGGAGUUACAGAUGAUGAAAAUGCAGUGUACAAGACCAUACAGAUCGCAGGGAGUACGAAGCAAAUAAUAAAUGAGUCUAAGCAAGUCAGGGUACUUAAUGUAUCCAUUGCUGACUCAGACACGCGUACAGGGCAGGAACCAACAAGAGUUGUAAUGAGGCGCAAGGGAGAGGAAGUAACCAUUGCAGAUUUAGAGGUUGGAAUAAAAGAGUGUGAAGUUGUAGACAUUCAAAUAGAUGAUGAAGUAGAAAUAGAAGUAAUUGGACUAAACACAGUAGAUCUAUUAGUACUAAUAAGUGAGAGGAGAGAAGAUGAAGAGUGUAAUGCAGAACACUGUGGUAUAGAAGAGUGCGAAGGGAGUAAAGCAGUAGAAGAGAAUACAAGCUGCCAUGCAGUACAGCACACAGAAGAAAGAGUUCCUGCUGAUUCUAUAACCUCAUCAAUCGAUGAAUCCUGCACAUGCGGUACCGGCCAGUGCAAGAACUGCACGUGCAAAAUAAAUUCAUCCGAGAGGAAGAGAAAGUGCUCUGAUCUGCCGAGUGAAGCAACCGAACAGACAGAAUCUUUAGAGACCAGCGAGCUCCCCAGUAAAAAGACUAAAUUAUCCGAGGACGUAAAUGUACCAAAUACUGAGCAGACACCCACCACAGCAUCUAAUGAGAGUGAGUGCAGUAAGAAACAACUAGAAGAAAUCCCAGAAAAUGAAGACUUGUCUAAUGCACAGAUUGACAUAAAAACCAUCUCUGAUGGAAUUGGCAGGCUAGUGGGAAAGAAAAGCUUUAUUUCUUCAGAAUACACGGUUUCAGGAAGUGGCACUGCAAAAGAAAGCUUUAAUGAAGUGGUUUUAGUAAGAAGAUUCCCUGAGCACAGCCACCUCAAGUACUUCUCAAAUGUAGUAAAAGGUUCACGAGAGGGUGCUGUUUUUAAGGCAACAGUGAAAACAGACAAGUCCAUAAAGGAAGUUGUUCUGAAUGUCGGCAAAAUUAAAACAGGCUAA